AUGCCACCUCUUGUCUCGGAGGAUCCUGAAGACUUCACCGAGGACAGUCUUGCCACUUCAAGGGCAGACUCGCCGGCGAAAAUGGAUUUGAUGGCAGUGGAAGACGCCGUAGAGGCCCGAGACGGCUCAUCAACAGCGAACGAGGUAGCGGUAGCGGCUCCAGACACUAUGGAUGUCGACCGAGUCGACGACAGUGACCUGAUCGCGCAAUUGCAGAGGUCGGCACAAGAGGCAAACACCGAUAUGGAUGAGGAUGACUCCGAAGACGUCAGUGCAGCUGCUGAAGCAGGACACGAGAAUGCUCCAAAUCCAGCUGCGACACAAGCUGCACCAGACAAUGGUAUAAAUGACACUACAAUGCACUCGGAAGAGGGCGAGGACGAUGCAGAAGAGGAAACGAAAGUGGCAGAUGAUCCUCCUGCGGUCGAAGAAUUGCCCAAUGCCAGCAUCAGCUCCGAAGCAGACAACCUGAGCGAAAACGACGAUGGCGAGAGUGACGAAGAAGCUGGCAAGAGCGAAGAAAGUGGCGAAGAAGAGGAGGAUGACGAAGAAGAAGGUGCAAGUAAGAACGAGAACGACACCGACGACGACAGCGAGGAAGAAUCAGAUGAGUCGGGCGGAGAAGAGGACGCUUCCACCGAAACAGACUGCGUCAUCUGUGCUAAAGCAGUCGAGACGACCGAGGCCACGUCGGAUGCCAUUUCCACUUGCAUUAAUUGUGGCAGACCUGCGCACACAAGCUGUAUCCCGGAAGAUGACACCCCUAAAGCCGGCGACCAAGGACAGCGCUGGCGAUGCAGUGCAUGUAUGCAGAACUCGGAGUCACCCAAGUCAGUCCUGGCUCGAGCACGAGCGUCGAAUUCGGCACCAAGACUCGUCCGCGAUCUGUUGCCGGUAUCUCGUGGAAUCCAGAAACCUAAUGCGCAUUCGAUCUUUGAGCAACCCCUGAUAUCAGACGGCGAAGACGGUGGUCGAUCACUCAGAAAGCGUAGGUCACCCACCCAGGAGCCGCGGACGGAGAAGCGAAGGAAGAAGGCGACAGUGGUCGAGGAUGGGACGACGGCCGACGCUACCCCCAAAGAUCGCGCCGUUGCGCAUUCCACAAGAAGUGCGCUGCAGCCGGCCCGAACGGUGCCACUCGCCCGUAUUCUGCAACAUCGACCAUUCCACAAGCCGCCACCGCAUAAAUUCAUACUUGCCUUCCGGCUAGGUCAAGAAGCGAUCGACGAUAUUUUGAGCAAACCACCGAAACCCGGCAGGAAGGUAAGAAAGCAGAAGGCACCAAAAAUCCCGCCCCCACCCGUCUAUCAACCACCUAUACCAAAGUUUCCAGCCUUGCCAAAUGGCAACGUCGUUUUUCCUUCUCUAUUCUCGGACAGAGACAGUGACGCAAAGCCCUAUGGUGGCAUUCUCUCAGAGCAGGACCAGGACACAUCGAGAUCGUUGCCUCAGCAUCGUGAUCGCGAAAUAUUCGAAAAUGCACGGAAAGAAGCAGAAGAGGAGCGACGAAGAGCUACUGAAGCAGCUGACGUAGAGAUCAAUGGCGACUAUGCACUCUCUGGUAAACCAAAUCGAACGGUGUCCGGGCCUCCGAGCAAGAUCAAGUGUAUACAAUUCGGCAAGUUCGUCAUCGACACGUUUUAUGCAGCUCCAUAUCCCGAAGAAUACUCGCAUGAGUCGCGACUAUUUAUCUGCGAGUUCUGCUUGAAAUACCUGCCGUCCGAAUUCGUCGCAUAUCGACACAAGCUGAAGUGUCCCGCAAAACAUCCUCCUGGCGACGAGAUCUACCGAGAUGGCAGCAUCUCGAUAUGGGAGGUGGACGGACGCAAGAAAACAGAAUACUGUCAAUGCUUGUGCCUGAUGGCGAAAAUGUUUCUUGGCUCAAAGACUCUGUACUACGACGUCGAGCCUUUCUUGUUCUAUAUUCUCACCGAGUUCGAUGAGACCGGCUACCAUUUCGUUGGCUACUUCAGCAAAGAGAAGCGACCAGCAAGCCAGAACAACGUCAGCUGCAUCCUCGUCAUGCCUAUCCACCAGCGUAAGGGGUACGCCACGUUCCUGAUCGACUUCUCGUACCUUCUCACACGCAUCGAGGAAAAGGAAGGCUCUCCCGAGAAGCCACUGUCAGACAUGGGCUUGACAGCUUACCGUGCAUAUUGGGAUCUGACAAUAUCUCGGCACCUACUGGAACUUGGCAUGAAGCCCUUCAGCACGAAAAAGCUCAUGCUUUUGACCGGUAUGACAGCCGACGAUGUCAUUCACUCACUCGAACGACUCUACGCAUUCACACGAGAUCCUGUGACCAAGACAUACGCCAUUCGUUACGACAAAAAGCUGUACGAGACCAUUGUGCACGACUUCGACUCGAAGAAGCAUCGCAAACUACGGCCUGAAAGAUUGAUCUGGACACCGUAUGUGAUGGGACGCAGCGACCAAGCACAUCUCGACAAUCAGCCGAUGGCGACGAUCGCCCCGCGUGAGGAGGAUAUCGAGGACGAAGACGAAGAAAGUCAAGCUGCGAAGCUGGGCAAGGCCGGCACUGCGGCUGUAUCUCCGAAGACCACCUCCGUACCACUAUCUCGCUCGCCCACGGAACAAGAAGAGCCGGCCGCCACACCCGUUGAAUCUGUACCUCCCGGACCGCCAACAACAGACUUACUGAACACGAAUGCAGCAGCCGAUCGAGACGGGAUACAGGUCAAUGGCCUGACGAACGGCGCUUCGACGGACGCUGGCCCGGCUCCGGAAGCAGGAGAAAGCCUCAGUGGUUACGCACUCGCCUACCGCACCCAGUCUAUCCCUGCAAUGCGCUUCCAGAUUACUCCUCCGAUUCCUGCCUCGAUGCUUCGCAACCGCAACAUCAAGAAACGAAACGCCACGACCGCCUUUGGCCGCCUCAAUGCCCUCGGUCAGAAAUCCAGUCCCGCCGCACCACCAGCGACUAGGAGCUCGCCGCGCACUGCAGGCGGUAGCGUCAAUGGCAGAUCGACGAGGGGCGGUUCAGAGGAUAAGCCGUCCACCCCUGUACGUCGUAGUGGUCGGCGCAGUGGCUUGGCGAAUGUUGAAAUGGCGAGCUUGGAUGGACAGGAUGAUGAUAAGGACGAGGACGAAGAUGGGUCCACCGAUGCAGAGAUUGAGGUUGCUGCUCAAUCAACAGGAUCCUCGGAAGAAGAGGAAGGCGAGGACGACGGAGAGGAGGAAGAAGGCAGCAGCUCGGGGGAGGAAGAUGAGGAAGACGACGAUGAUGAAGAGAAAGAUCCCGAUGCUGAGCCAGACGAAGGGGAUGCUAGUAGCAGUGAGGAGGAAGAUGACGAUGACGACGCGGUAGCCGACGUCGUUGAGCUAGCGCAAGACGCCAGCUCAGCCGCCGAAGACGAGGAUGAUGACGAAGAGGACGAAGAUGCACCUGGGAGGAUGAUGAUUGAUUCUUGUCAUCAGCAACACGAACACAACAUGUCGCACGCCCACGCCUCCUCCGGGGCGAAUCUAACGCCCUCUCGGCUGUUCGACUGCUCGCACAUCGUGGCCUUAGUCACGGGCGGAGGCACUGGAAUCGGCGAGAUGGCUGCUUCUGGAUUCAUACAAGGCGGUGCUCGUGUUAUUAUUGCAAGUCGGAAGGAGAGUGAGCUCAAAAAGACAACCGACCGCCUCAACGCCCUCGGCCCCGGCAAAUGCAGCUACAUCGUCGCCGACCUCAAAGACAAAGCCGGCUGCGAUGCCCUUGUAGCCGCCGUCAAGAAGCAAACUGACCGCCUGACCGUCCUCGUCAAUAACACCGGCGCCACCUGGGGCGCUCCCUACGACGACUUCCCGGAAUCGGCAUGGGACAAGCUUAUGCGCUUGAACGUCAGCUCGAUCUUCUACAUGACUGUUGGGCUGGAGCCGUUGUUGCUGAAGGAGGCGAGUCCGGAGACGCCUGGCAGAGUCAUUAACAUUGCGAGUAUGGCGGGGAUUACGACUGUGGAUGUGACGACGGGUGAUGAUGGGGGUUUGGCGGCGCCGGGGCACGGGACCUUCAGUUAUGGGCCGAGCAAGGCGGCGUGUAUUCAUCUGAGCAGGGUUCAGGCCAGCAAAUUGGCGCCGAAGAACAUUAACGUCAACUGCAUCUGUCCGGGUGUCUUCCCCUCGCGGAUGACGAACUAUGGAAUGGAGAAGUUCAGCGAUACGCUCAACGCAGGCCAGCCGACUGGUCGCGUUGGCAAGCCUGAAGAUCUGGCUGGACUCGUUAUCUACCUCUCCACCAUGGCCGGCGCGCAUGCUGUCGGCAAUGUGAUUGAGCUAGAUGGUGGCGCCACAAGAUCUGGGUGGCGGUCCUCGAAGAAAGGGAAGAAGGAGAAGCUCUGA